CAUUAUUAAUUUUCCCUUUCAGAAUCAAAACCAGUUAGUAUCAACCAACUUCCAAGUAAACCCAAGAACUUAAAUCAAAAUCACUUUUCUCUUUUCCACACACAUCAAUUUUCUUCACCCUCUUCAACAAUGGUGCUCGAGGCGACAAUGAUCUGUAUAGACAAUUCUGAAUGGAUGCGAAACGGGGAUUAUUCUCCUUCUCGAUUUCAAGCUCAAGCCGAUGCUGUUAAUCUCAUUUGCGGUGCUAAAACCCAGUCUAAUCCGGAAAAUACCGUGGGAGUUCUUAUAAUGGCAGGGAAAGGUGUUCGUGUUUUGGUCACCCCUACCAGUGAUCUAGGCAAGAUCUUAGCAUGUAUGCAUGGACUAGAAAUAGGCGGUGAGAUGAACCUAGCUGCUGGCAUUCAGGUGGCACAAUUGGCUUUAAAGCACCGUCAAAAUAAAAAGCAACAGCAAAGGAUUAUUGUCUUUGCUGGAAGUCCGGUAAACCAUGAAAAGAAAAUGUUGGAGAUGAUAGGGAGAAAGUUGAAAAAGAAUAGUGUAGCGCUCGAUAUUGUUAAUUUUGGUGAAGUUGAUGAGGCGAAGACCGAGAAGUUGGAUUCACUUAUUGCAGCUGUGAACAAUAAUGAUUCAAGCCAUAUUGUUCAUGUUCCCGCUGGUCCAAAUGCUCUUUCUGAUGUACUUAUAAGUACACCAAUUUUUACUGGCGAUGGGGAAGGUGGAAGUGGUUUUGCUGCUGCUGCAGCGGCAGCUGCAGCUGGGGGUGCAUCUGGAUAUGAUUUUGGUGUGGAUCCAAACUUGGAUCCUGAAUUGGCUCUUGCCUUAAGAGUUUCAAUGGAAGAGGAAAGAGCCAGGCAGGAAGCAGCUGCCAAAAAGGCUGCAGAGGAUGCUGCCAAACAAGAGAAAGGAGGUGAGCAACAAGCCGGCUCUCAAGAUGCGACAAUGACUGAGCGUGCCAGUACAUCAACUUCUGAAGCAGAGAAUAAGACAACUGAUUUGAUGGAUGAUGAGAACGCCCUACUGCAGCAAGCGCUUGCAAUGUCAAUGGAUGAACCCACAGUUGGCCAUGACGUAAAAGAUACAGAUAUGUCAGAAGCAUCUGUUGAUGACCCAGAGCUGGCACUAGCUCUCCAAUUGUCGGUGGCAGAUAGUUCAAAGGAUCAAGCAGGUCAGUCAGAUAUGACUAAAUUGUUGGCAGAUCAAUCCUUUGUAUCUUCUGUUCUUGCAUCGCUUCCUGGGGUCGAUCCAAAUGACCCUUCCGUCAAAGAUUUGCUGGCUUCCAUGCAAAAUCAAUCUGAGCAGCAGCAGAAAAAAGACGACAAGCCAUCAAAUGAGGAGAAGAAAUAAUAUUUUAAAACCAAUUUGGAUGUGGUUUUUAUUCGUUUUCCUUUGAGACAUACUAGUAGCAUAGCAUUUUUAGAUGGUUGUUCCAAUCGGGGUAUACUAUUUUCUAGUAGCCAAUCCUUGUUUUUGUCUCCACAUCUGCUCGGAAACCACAGUGCAUGUAUUGGUCGAGUCUUGGACUCUUAACAUGAAAAUGCUCUUGAUUUAAAGGACAUGGUUAUCUAAAUGUAUUUAAGUGUUGUCUUGUUAUCUACGUA